AUAAAAGUCGGCCUGGGUACAUGUAGCUGCCGAACUGUAUGUUUAACUUGUCCGCUACUUUCAGCCAUCACUUUCCCCGCUCAUUCUACCUAUGUACCUACCUACAUGUACCUCUAAUUUAAUUUUUAACAAGACGCAUACUUCGUACAGCCGCUUAUUAAUUGCUUGCGCGGACAUGCUUAUCGGUCGAAUUGCUUUUUUCCUAUGGACGGUUUCUUCGUCCGCACUCGCGGAGGACAUUUCAAAUCGUCUCGGUAAGCCUAUCGUAAUAGACACCGACAUCUUCUCCGACGUCGACGACGUGGGCUCCUUGGCCGUUGCCAAUGUGCUGCAUAACUACGGCCUGGCGGACCUGCGGGGAGUCGCUGUGAAUACGCACUCGGAGUACGGCGCAUUGGCCGUUAGUGUUAUUAAUACGUACUUUGGAAAUGGAGAUGUCCCUAUCGCCGCAAUCCGUCCGUUCACGGACGAGACGUUCUUCGAUAAGCGGGACUUCGUUCUAAGCGAAUAUGCCAGCAAGACAGCUCAUAACUGGCCUCGUUCCCUGAACGACUCAUCUGUAACACCAACGCCGGUUGAGAUGUACCGCAGGAUCCUGUCCUCUGCAGAAGAUCACAGCAUAACAUUAAUCUCAAUUGGCUUCUUGACUAACCUGGCUACACUAAUUAAUAGCCCUUCUGAUGACAUUGCGUCUCUUACAGGAGCCUCUCUCAUAUCUACAAAGGUUAAAGAAUUAGUGGUCAUGGGCGGCCGGUACCCUUCCGGGUGGGAAUUCAAUUUUGCCGGCUUCGAUCCCGCAUCCACAUAUGACGUCGUGAAUAACUGGCCGCGCCACGUGCCCAUUACAUACUCCGGGUUCGAGCUCAGCGACAACAUCUUCUCCGGCGACAAACUCGCAGACUACGCGCUGCCAGACUCGCCCGUACUCGCGGCGUAUCAAUGGUACGUGGGCCGGUGCAGCACCACUCGCGAGUCGUGGGACCCUGUUACGACUCUGUACGGGAUACUAGGGCUCGACGGGUCCCCUGAACUGGGAAUUGGAAAGUUGUUUGAGUAUGCCAAUGAAAAUGGGCAUAACGAAGUAUCAGCAGAUGGCUCGAAUGCAUGGGUUAAUAACUCGGGCGUUUCGAAUCAGCAUUGGUUGAAGCUGGCGGAUGGAGUAACGAAUAUAACUGUUGCAGGGCUUCUAACUCGGUUUUUCGCUCAUAGCCCUUUGGAUAAGAGCUGCUCUACAUAUAGGCGCGUACCCUUUAAGACUAAUCAUUUUGUACUUACCUAGUUCGAAGAUAGCUAUUUUCAACACACUAUGUACUUGUGAUUUAAAAUAUUUUUUUCAAUAUCUCAGCUCGCAUACUAUUUCUUUAUGAUGUUUGUACAACUCGACUAUUAGUAUUCUACGUAUGGUGUGAUGACCCCUUUGCAUGACUGUGUCGAAGAUCAUUGGCCUGAGAAAAAGAUAACCAACCCGGUGAUGAUAAAAAUAUCUUACAAUCUUAGGUACUUAGCUGCAGUUAUCAUUAUAUUUGCACUUCUUGGGCCUCAUGACAGGUUUAUAUUUUCAAGUAGCUGUAAGGUAAGCAAUCCAUGUAUGCACACACACCCUUAAAAGUCCUGUAUAG